AUGGCCGUGCCGCCGCUCGGCCGGGCGCUGCUGCUGCUGCUGUGGCAGCUGCUGGCGGCGGGCGGCGCGGCGCUGGAGAUCGGCCGCUUCGACCCGGAGCGCGGGCGCGGGCCGGCGCCCUGCCAGGCGGUGGAGAUCCCCAUGUGCCGCGGCAUCGGCUACAACCUGACCCGCAUGCCCAACCUGCUGGGCCACACGUCGCAGGGCGAGGCGGCCGCGGAGCUGGCGGAGUUCGCGCCGCUCGUGCAGUACGGCUGCCACAGCCACCUGCGCUUCUUCCUGUGCUCGCUGUACGCGCCCAUGUGCACUGACCAGGUGUCGACGCCCAUCCCCGCCUGCCGGCCCAUGUGCGAGCAGGCGCGCCUCCGCUGCGCGCCCAUCAUGGAGCAGUUCCACUUCGGCUGGCCCGACUCGCUGGACUGCGCCCGGCUGCCCACGCGCAACGACCCGCACGCGCUCUGCAUGGAGGCGCCCGAGAACGCCACGGCCGGCCCCACCGAGCCCCACAAGGGCCUGGGCAUGCUGCCCGUGGCCCCCCGGCCCGCGCGGCCCCCCGGCGACCCGGCCUCGGGCCCCGGCCCCGGCGGCGGCGGCGGCAGCGGCGGCACCUGCGAGAACCCCGAGAAGUUCCAGUACGUGGAGAAGAGCCGCUCGUGCGCGCCGCGCUGCGGGCCCGGCGUCGAGGUGUUCUGGUCGCGGCGCGACAAGGACUUCGCGCUCGUCUGGAUGGCCGUGUGGUCGGCGCUGUGCUUCUUCUCCACGGCCUUCACCGUGCUCACCUUCCUGCUGGAGCCGCACCGCUUCCAGUACCCCGAGCGCCCCAUCAUCUUCCUGUCCAUGUGCUACAACGUCUACUCGCUGGCCUUCCUCAUCCGCGCGGUGGCCGGCGCGCAGAGCGUGGCCUGCGACCAGGAGGCGGGCGCCCUGUACGUGAUCCAGGAGGGCCUGGAGAACACGGGCUGCACCCUCGUCUUCCUGCUGCUCUACUACUUCGGCAUGGCCAGCUCGCUGUGGUGGGUGGUGCUGACGCUCACCUGGUUCCUGGCCGCCGGCAAGAAGUGGGGCCACGAGGCCAUCGAGGCCCAUGGCAGCUACUUCCACAUGGCGGCCUGGGGCCUGCCGGCCCUCAAGACCAUCGUCAUCCUGACACUGCGCAAGGUGGCCGGGGACGAGCUCACGGGGCUCUGCUACGUGGCCAGCAUGGAUGCGGCCGCACUGACGGGCUUCGUGCUGGUGCCCCUCUCCUGCUACCUGGUGCUGGGCACCAGCUUCCUCCUGACCGGCUUCGUGGCCCUCUUCCACAUCCGCAAGAUCAUGAAGACGGGCGGCACCAACACGGAGAAGCUGGAGAAACUCAUGGUCAAGAUUGGGGUCUUCUCCAUCCUCUACACGGUGCCCGCCACCUGCGUCAUCGUGUGCUACGUCUACGAGCGCCUCAACAUGGACUUCUGGCGCCUUCGGGCCACAGAGCAGCCCUGCUCAGCCGCCAGCAUGCCCGGGGGCCGGAGGGACUGCUCGCUCCCAGGGGGCUCGGUGCCCACCGUGGCUGUCUUUAUGCUCAAAAUCUUCAUGUCGCUGGUGGUGGGCAUCACCAGUGGUGUCUGGGUGUGGAGCUCCAAGACUUUCCAGACCUGGCAGAGCCUGUGCCACCGUAAGAUGGCAGCUGGCCGGGCCCGGGCCAAGGCCUGCCGGGCUCCAGGGGGCUACGGCCGUGGCACCCACUGCCACUACAAGGCCCCCACCGUGGUCUUGCACAUGACUAAGACAGACCCUUCUCUGGAGAACCCCACGCACCUCUAG